GGAAUGUUUAUUGACAUGUGUAGUUCAUGUCGUGAAGGUUAUUUAUUGAAGGUUUAAAUUUAUGAUUUUAAGUGAAUGGAUUCUCCUCCUCUGAAUUGGCAGGAUGAAGCCAAAGCUGUUGUUCGUGAUGUGCAGGACUUGGUUAAUUCAAUUCACAUUUCAUCCAAACUUAAGUCUGAUGAACAUGAAAUUUAUUUAAACAUUGUGACAUUGGAAAAUCGUUAUUAUUGUAUUGAACUAUCGCCCAGUGGUUUUAGAAUUGUCGGCAACGCACACGAUACCAAUAAUCUUUCUGAUGAAAUUUGGUAUGACACACCCUAUGCUCUUCUCUCGCACAUAAGUGAAUCUUAUAUCAAUUCUUUUGCUAAUGCAUUGAUAUCUAAGUUAAAUAAUAUACCUAGUACCUCAGAAUAAGUUUAAAAUUAAUAUAUUUUUCACAACAAAAUUGUUGAGUUUAUUUGGAAAAAUCAUAUGGUAAGAUAUUUAUUUUAUUAUUUGAUAUUGUGUCUCUAAUUAUUUGAAAUAUUUAACAAUUUUUUAAAAAUAAUUUCAAGUUCAUUAUUUAAACAUGGAUAGUGAGUUUGAUCCUCCAUGGCCAGAAUGGCAGGAUCAGUUUAUAAAUGAUACUAAAUGGAGUAGUGGAGGUAGUUUCAGGGAAGUAUCUUUCUGUGACCCCAUUAAUCAUGGAGCAUUACCUCAUUAUUUUCGUGUGGCAAAGUGGAGACGGCCUUUUGAAAUUUACGAAGUCGCAAGCGCACCCUGGAAAAUUGGUGAUGAACAUGAAAUAUAUGAUCUCGUACCUAGUAACCGACAUUUACUAGGCUCUAGGAUAAUGAGACAGAUUAUAUCCGCUAUGAUGUGUUUGGAGAAAGUUGGGAGACAAAAUCCAACGGAUGGGAAGAACUAUUAUCCUAAUACUCCAGGAACGAGUGAGUGGAAACCAUGGCAUCAUAUAUAUGCAGUCAGUAAAAUAGCAAAGGGUCGUCCGUCUUCGCCUAGAUUUAAUCCUCAAGGCAUGUACUACGUUCGUCUAUUCUACAUGGGCAAGUGGAGGAGAGUGACUGUUGACGAUUAUUUACCAUACGAUGAAGGAAAAAAUCUUCUGCUUCCAAUCUCUCAAUCCAAAUGUGAUCUGUGGCUUCCGAUCUUAAGUAAAGCUCUUCUGAGAAUUGCUUCUUUAACCUGGACUAAGGAAGAUGAUAUGAUCGAUUUCAGUGUCAUAACUUGUCUCACUGGAUGGAUUGAGUAUAAGUUGGAUUGCAGGUAUGUGUCAAUAGAUAAAAUUUGGAAGGCAAUCAAACUAAAUCUCUUUCAGAAGCCUAAGCAGCCUGAAAAGAGCCCUGGAUUUUGCCUAACUUGCGAUACAACCACUUGCCUUAACAAUAAAAAUGAUUGUGGCUGUGGGAACUAUUCUAGUAAGAUGGUUUUUGGUGUUCUUGAUAAGACAACAAAUGAGAUCAAAGACAUAUCUCCAGCUCAGGAACAUUUAAUAUAUUUGUGUUAUGCCCAUAAACAGCUUAUCUCUGGCAAAGAGGAGGUGCCUGUUUGGAAAAACCUGCGCUGGGUUAACUGGGCUAUUGAAAAAAAUGUCAUUAAUGCCAAACCUGGAUCUUACUUGCGGAUUAUUGGAAUUUUCUCGCCAUUUUCAGAUGUAAUAAAUUUACGCCAUACAAGAGAACCUGAACCAGUUGCUGCAUUAGGGGGUCAUUUCUCCGAUUCUGCUACUGGUCAUGGAAAUUUAUUUGAUUUAAUGCUUCAAGCCCAAGCACAAGUCCCAGUUAGUCAGGAUAAUAUUCAAACGAUUGAAGACACCUUGGAAUUCAACUUUGCCGAAAUAUAUCCUUAUCUGAGAGAACUUAUAAUUUAUUAUAAAUGCCAAGACUUUAAUAAAUCUAUCAGCUUAACUGAUAUAGAAACAGUUGUUGAUAAAUUCAGCGAAAAACCAGAAUUGGUUGUCGCUAAUCCACCAAAAUUACCAAAAAAGUCCAAGUUUGGGAAGCAACUUACUGAUCUUGGAGCGGUCAAGUCACAAAAAUUAGUGGAUCUUGAAUCUGAAGUUGGAUCGAAAUCUGACUUGUUACCUCAUGAGACUUGUCGCUUUUUUUAUUUAUUUAGUGAUACUCCUUUCUGUAAAAACAUUUACUUCACUUUAUCAAUUGUUCAUGAAAGUGAAAUGAAAUAUGGUUAUUUAAUAUGUGAAAAGUAUAACUGGAAAUCAGUUGCGUUUGGACCUUUACUUCUUGGAGUCCGAACAGUUGGCACUAAGACAUGCCUUCUUCAACUUGGACCUGGGGUGCAAGUGUGCCGAGUUUUCUAUUCUCUUCCUUCCAAAUAUCAUCUUGUUAUCAAUUCUGCGACCUAUUUCAUCAUUGUAAAUGUGGAUAAGCUUCAUGAUUUAUUAUCUCACUAUACUAAGCCUUUGAUCAUCCAUGGAGAUAAAAUGUUAAAAGGAUUCAAGCUAUUAUUGCCAAUUACUCCCAACACUCCUGAGCACAUUCAGUUGAUAUGCAGGUAUAUAAAGACCCUAUAUCCCCCUGGUUACAAAGAAUUUACUAUAUCAUUGCAGAUAAAAAUUGCACAAGAAUAUGAAGAAGUCUUUGACGAAGCUUUUACAAAGUACAUUUUUGAUUGUUCCCUUCCAAUGCGAAUUAAAGUAGCUCUCCUCAAUGACCUGAAAGUUAUAUUUAAUAAUCAAGAGUUUGGAGAACCUUAUAUUUGUAAAUUGGAUAAACGUACGCGAAAGGAUAUUAAAGAAUUUAGAAAGGAAUUGGCUUACGGAAUUGAACCCGAAAAAAUGAUUCCCAAGCUUAAAAUUCUAAACGAAUUUUACAAGGAAUACAACAUGGAACCACUUGAUUUACCUGAAGUCGUGGAAACUAAAGGAAGCAAUAUGGUGGAACAUUUCGAUUCGGAUCAUAUCUUGUUUUUAAAUGCUGAAACCCACAUUGAAGUUUUGAGAAAUAUUUUGGACAAGAAACCUCAAUAUUUACAGUUUUAUCCUUUUAUGAAUGAACAUUACUUAUUACUCAAGUACAAGAAUUAUACAGGAAUAACUGAAGUAACUCCAGCUCAUAAUUGGUUUAUUAUAGCUCGUUUAACAUUGAAUAUUCAUAGCACUAAAGCUGUUCCGUGUGGAAUUUAUGUGAUUACCGAAUUUCCAAAAGCAGUUUUGUAUGUCAUUGAUACCGAUAGUUGUGAGAAACUAUCACUACCACCUGGUUUGAGUGCCACCUUCCACCUGAAGAGGAAUAAGAUUGGUUACACUAUUUUGUUAUGUGGAUUUGCCCCUCAAGAUAUGAUUGCUGAAGAUUUGUCCCUUGCCUGGAGGAUUCGUGUUUUGGGGAUAGACAGUGGAAAUACUUUACACCAGUGUGAAUCAAUUAACCCAUAUUAUUGUCAAGAAAGAGAAUCUUUUGAGAGCAGUCUUUGUGUUCAAAAUAUUACAGGUUACUACCUCCCAAAUACUGACAAUAUCAUUGGAAGAUUCAUCAUUAGUAUUUCAAAGAGUUUACUCGCUACAUUGUAUCUGUCUAUUUCUAAUGAAGAAGUUAGUAUUAGUCUUACUCUAAAAGGAGCUAAUGAAGAAAUUAUUGUUAAAGCCGAAGGAAAAGGAUCCGUUUUUGUGCCUGUUGUUCUUCUUGAUUUAAAUUACGGUGAACCUUCUCCAGAAAAUGAAGACAUGCGUUUCUUCUUUGGUACGAUUCACUUGUUGAGUGCUUGGGCAUUAACUAGUACAGAAUUAGCAUUCGCUAAAGUUAUUAGAAGCUCUUCAAAAAAAGACAUUAUUUCUUUAGGAGCUUUAUAUAAUGAAAUAGCUGCUGAACCCACUGAUGUAACUGGAAAUGAAGGGGUUGAAGUAAAAUAUGAUCAAGAAAAAGAAAGAGUAAGUCUUCCAAAAAUUAAUCCUUCUUUAGUGAGUGAACAUUCUAGCAAAGAACCCGAAAUCGACGCCCAUCUUACUCCAGUCAGUAGCUCCUACAGUUAUUGUGGUUAUGAUAGCUCUCAUACGGAGAGCAAGGACAGUAUUUGCAUAUCGGAAAGUAGCUCUUUUAGCCGUGAUAUCAGUAUAAAAAGCAGUUCUGAUACAUCAACUCCCCCUGAAAAUGUUGAUGUGAGUAGCAAAGAAACUGGAGAGAAAAGCACUGAAAGUUGUGCCAUGUUGGAAAAAUCUAUUAGCAGCAUCGCAGAAAAGAAUGGCUCAAAAAAAAAUUAUGUGAGAGUUGUAGAAGAUCCUUAUGGCCUCUGUGGUGCUGGUCCACACUGGGUACUAUCUUAUAUAAUUGACGGUCAAUUUGAAGGUUUUUCAUUUGUUGAUAAUGACUAUAUUAGAUUUCAAGAAUUCCAAAGGCUCAAAGAACAGUGGCUAAAGCAAAAUGCAAAGAGGUUAGAAAAAGGAGAAAUCUUAAGGAAUGAUUUUCUGAAUGACUAUAAAAAUGACUUCUUAAAAUUUCAGUUAGGUAUUGACAGCAUGAUAUUUUCUAACUCUUCCCCUCUGUCCCUCUUGUACCAAUUAUAAAACUUCGACCAUUCAAGUUAGUUACAAAUAUCUUAAUUUUGUUCUUUUUAAUUUAAUAAGUUAAGCAGGAUGGCUCUGGUACUGGUGAGGGAUACUAUUCCGAUAAGUGGGCCUUUUGGUCCUUUUUGUCACCCUCUGACAGUUAUCUAGAGGUUGCCUCUGCCUAAACUAAAUCUUAACUGACUCAGGUGGGAAUCAAACCCAUAACGUUUUGAACGGGACACUCGAGGACCUUUGCUUUAACAUGCUUGGCCAUCAAAUCCUCUAAAUAGGAUGGUAAGUGAAAGUGUGUAAAUACGCAUGCCAUACCAGAUUUUUUAUAGUUUAUUGUCUUUUUUAUGCAAGAAUUAUCAUUGUUUCAACUUUUUUUCCCCCUCAUUUUCUUGCAAUAUUUUUUCUUAAUUUUAAAAUUUGUUAAUGAUUCAUCAUCAUUAUCGAAAAUAUAUGUCUCUGAUAAGACUAUAGCCCUAAGGGUCUUUGAAAGAAAAAUAUUAAGUAUUUUCAGCUCUUUAUGCUCAAAGAACACUUGGUGAAUAAGAAAGAAUGGAGAGCUUGAAGACCUCAUAGGAUAUAAUCAGGUUAGUUAAAUCAACAAGGUUAAGUUGACUUGGGCGUAUUGAAAACUUGCCAGAAGGAUAGAUGACGAGAAAGAUAAUGAAGGAGGAUUUUCAAGGUAAAAGAAGAAGGGCCCAACCCAGAACAAGCUAGCUGAAGGUUGUGGAGAAGGACUUGGCUAAACUUGGAGUUACUGCAUGGAGAAGGAGGACGCUGGAUCAAGAAGGCUGGAGACAGAUUGUGAGGGAGGCCAAAGUUUGUAUUGGAUUGUAGUGCCAGAUAAUAUAAAUAUAAUAUUAUGAUUCAUCAUGCUCAUAGUCUUCCUGCUUAUGUGUAAUGUAUAUUUAUAUAAUUACUCAUAUAUAUUAUAUUAUAUUAUAUGUAUGUCACAUUGUAGUCAAAUAUUAAAAUUUUUAUGAAAUAUUGAAAUAUUAAGAAUAUUCUGAAUAUGAAGGAAAACAUUGUAAAAAAGGAACAAUAAAUAAUAGAAAGGAAGAAUCUGUUCACGAUUCAAUUAAAAAAAAACAACGAUCAACAGUUUAUUUGAAGGAAAAGAGUAGCUAUAUUUUGUGGCGCUAUCAAAGAUAAUAGAAGUUUUUUAUCUAAGGGAAAUUAAAACUCAACUUAUUGAAUUUUCCUAUUAUUAAUAUAAUAUAACUCCAUCUUAAUUCAACAUUUUAUUGUUUGUUAUUGUCGUAAUGAGGGCUUGAAAUGGAAACAUUUUUUUUUUUAAAUGUUUCACUAUCAUUAGAAUUUUUAUUAUUGAUGAUUUUCCACUUCUUUUGGGACUAGAACUUUUUUUCUGCAAUGGUUCAAAUAUGUGCUUGCGCAGACCAUGUAUGGCUAAUUACCAGGAUUUUGAGGUCAAUAAAGACUGGAAAUUAAUCAAGAGAAGACAAAAUACAUGUAUG